CGUGGCAGAGGCGGGGCGGGACGCGGUCGCGGGUUAUAGGACACGCUGGGCGUUCGUGGGACUGUAGUCCACUCGAACCCGGACGCGAGGGACCUACGGGACCCUCUGGACUGCGCAGGACAUCGCAGGAGCCGGAACCUUCCGACCGGGCUAUGGCGGCCGCUCCGGGCGCCCGACUCCUGCGCGCUGCCUGUGCCUCCGUCGCUUUCCGUGGCCUGGACCGCCGCUGGCUGCUGGUCUGUGGGGUCCGCGCGGGAACUGCCGUCCCUCAGUGGACCCCGAGCCCCGGCAUGCUCGCAGAGGCGGGGCGGGGGCGGCCGCUGAGCGUGUCUGCGCGCGCUUGGAGCAGCUCAGAAGAUAAGAUAACAGUCCACUUCAAGAACCGUGAUGGCGAAACACUAACGACCAAGGGAAAAGUCGGUGACUCUCUGCUAGAUGUUGUGGUUGAAAAUAAUCUAGAUAUUGAUGGUUUUGGUGCUUGUGAGGGAACUUUGGCUUGUUCUACCUGUCACCUUAUCUUUGAGGAUCAUAUAUAUGAGAAGUUAGAUGCCAUCACUGAUGAGGAGAAUGACAUGCUUGACCUGGCUUAUGGACUAACAGACAGGUCACGGUUGGGCUGCCAAGUCUGUCUGACCAAAGCUAUGGACAAUAUGACUGUUCGUGUGCCUGAGGCAGUGGCAGAUGUCAGACAGUCUAUUGACAUGAGCAAGAAUUCCUAAGAUACAAUAAAAGGAAAUAUUUUCAUGAAAUUUUUACCUAUUUUUAUAAUUAUUUCUCAGUAUAAUUAAAUGAUUACACAACAAAAUGUAUUUCUCAGUGUGAGUAGCUGUGCUGUCUUAAUUCAGUUUGUAGUACCAAAAGACUGCAGUUUUGUUUUGAAUAAAUUAUUAAAAUGUCAGUUUAAUUUUAGAAGGUGGCUGAUAUAAUAAACUCCUUAUACAUUUUGCCAUUAGUGUGUUCAGUGAUUUUAGCAAAACAUUACCAUGUAAUCUUAUGUCUGCUUUAUUAAGAGGUAAGUUUAAAAAGAGUAUCACUGGGGCUAGAGUUCAAUUCCUAGCACCCACAUGGCCACUCAUGGUUUGUCACUCUACUUCUAGCCUCCACAGAUACUGCGUGCAUUUGGUAUAUAGGUAAAACAUUUACACACAUGAAAUACAGAUUUCAAGAAACAAGUUGUAAAAAACUUAUCAUUGUUCUUGUUUCAUGUAGGCAGUAGAUCUCCAUCUAACAUGACUUGACCAGGUUGUAACCAGAGAGUCUGUUCUUCUGGCUGUCAGUUUUAUGUUCAGACUGAAACUGGAGACAUUAUGAAGAUCUUAACUGAGGUUGGCAGAGCUGUGUUACAGAGGACAUCAUGUGACCUCUCAAACAGUACAGACACGAGGCUGGCCGAGAUUGACAUAGCCCACUGGAACCACUGCAGCUGGUCCUUUACUUCAUGAUAAUGGCAUUUCUGUAUCAUUAGCCUUAAAAAAAAAUCUGUUUCUGUUGUCCACCUGGUGCAAGGACAUAUUCAGAAACUCUACUUAGGGAUAAAAAGGGUAAGAGUUAACUCUAUUCAGGGAAAUCCUGGUCCAUUCCUGGAAUUCUGUAGUGUGCCUUAACUUAUGACUAAUUUCCCCCUCCUGAAAAUUUGCCUGCAAUACAGUGUCUUAAAUCCCAUGCUACCCAUCUCUCUCAGGAGCCUUCACUCACCUUUGGGUGUGUCCUUUUGUACUAUAAUAAAACUUUUCUUCAGUUCU